AUGGUCGUCAUUUCACCACAAAAGCUCUCCCGGCAAAGUAGGAAGAUUGCCCAGACGUGCCGCACCGCCAUGAGCUUCAACGUCGAACCGUUGAAGCUUGAACCGGGCAAAAGGGUCAAAUUUGGGGCGAAAAUCACGAACCUGGAUAUCAACAAUGUCUCGGGCGAGUUUCUGGUUCCUGUAGACAAAGACCUCCAGCGCCUUAAAAAUGUUGUUUGGAACCACAAGUUUGUCAUCGUCAAGGGACAGCGAAACCUCGAGCCUGCCAAGCAAUGGGAACUGGUUACCAGGCUUGACCCCGAGGCAGGGCCACAGAGCCCAGAAAUCUUCAUGGCAGACUUCCACCCUGACGGAGGAGGUAUCCUUAAAGCAAGAGGAGUGACGGGCGUUCCCGGUGUCGAGAACGUCCAUGUCAUUGGCAAGGGCUACCAGGGCAAGGAACACUACGGGUUGAAGGACUUGAAUCUCAACAAGUCCUUCUCGUAUGAGAAUCACUACCCGACGUUGGGCCCCGAGGAGCUGGAGGGCGGACACACUCGGUUCCAGGGCUGGCACUUUGAUGCCCCGCUGUACAACCGGGAGCCGCCUCUGUUCACGGCGUUUCGUGUGAUCCGGCUGCCCCGAGGACCGGACGUGACGAUCCAGUGGGACAACGGAUCUGGACUGAGCAUGAAGUCCGCUCCGGGGCUCACGCCGUUCUUUUGCUGCUCGCAGCUCUACGAGGAGCUCAUGACGGAAGAUGAACGGCAGAUGGCCGAUAAUAGCUGGGUAGAGUACGCCGCGUUCCCGUACGAGUGGAACCGGAAGUGCAAGUUUUUCCCGACGGGACUCGGGAUUGUCAGCCAGGGCAAGGAGCUCAACGAAGACGAAUUGAAGGGACUGAGGCCCGACGAGGCCAAGAUCAGACGAUACCCGAUGGUUUGGGUCAAUCCCGCCACAGGACGGAAGUGUUUUCAAGUGCAAGCCAACGCAGCCAGGAAGCUCUUCAUCAGGAGGAGCCCAGGCGACGAAGUCAGGGUAGUCGACGACGUCGUCGAAGUUCGGCGUAUUUUGCUCGACAUACAGCUGCGUAUUCUGAAGCCUGAGUACAUCCUGAUCCCGCCGGAAGAAGAGGGAGACCUGUUGCUGUGGGACAAUUGGGCGACGAUGCAUAGCCGUGUGGACUACCCGGCUCGGUAUGGACCCAAGCUCUGUCACCAAGCGGGGACGAACGCAAGCAGAGUGCCCGUGGGACCUGCUGCGGCUCCUGUGUUCUAG